CUGAUAGCGUGUUCCCACGCGUGUCUUGACUGCAUAUACACGCCAUCGCAACCCAGUCCUCUUUCUUUCAACUCUCAUUUGCCUUCUAUUCCAAUGGCGGACUUGUGCCAUCCUGAUCGAGACUGGAUAUCAAGUGCACUCAGCGCCUUUCUCAUUUACGGGCUCGUCAUUUCAUACAUACCCCAGCACCUGCGAAUUUACAAUAAGAAAUCAUCAGAAGGAUUCAGUCCAUGGUAUCUACUGCUCGGCAGCACGUCUUCCGCAGCGGGCAUGCUGAACAUGAUUGCACUUCAAUGGCCAGUCAUUCGGUGCUGCAAAGAACUCUCCGCUGGACAAUGUGUUGAAAUUACCGCCGGUGUCUCUCAAGUUAUUCUGCAGUGGCUCUUAUUCACUGUCAUCCUCGUGCUAUACAUGAUUUACUACCCACCUCACCUUAAAUAUGUGGAGUUGAACAUCGAUGCUCACGAUGCCCGCCCUCCGCAUCACGUCAAAACCAGGAUCCUCAGUAACGACUGGCGGCUUUCUAUCAUCCUUUCUUGGGUAGUCUUUGUUCAUCUUGUUCUGCUCUCUUUUGUCACCAUUUUGCUACUGGCUACCAACAAGGCUGACCCAACUGGCCUGGUGCAUAGUCGCCAGAUCACGCUUUGGGCAACCUUUUUGGGUGUGAGCUCUGCUAUACUAGCGGCCAUACAGUACAUGCCACAGUUGCUCAGGACAUUCCAACUGAAACUUGUAGGUGCGCUAAGCAUACCUAUGAUGGUCAUGCAGAGCCCAGGUGGUAUCAUGAUGGCAGUCUCAAUUGCCAGGAGACCUGGCACCAACUGGACUAGUUGGGCCAUGUUCGCUGUAUCUGCAAUCAUGCAGUUGGGUCUGCUCAUUAUGUGUAUCGCCUGGAAAUUCCGGCAACGCAGGUUGGGUGUCGAUGAUUUCGGACAUGACCUGAUGGGUGACAGUGAGGAUUACAAUCCGGAGACUGACGACACUGUGUAUGCCACCGUUGUGGAGAACAACUUUAGAGACCAUGAAAGAAUAGUAGACGAGCAGGAUGAAAAUUUCCAGGCUCAAGAAGGCACUCCUUUGUUGCGCAAGCGCCCGCAAAGGGGUGAGAGGAGGAAGAGGUUAUUACGCUGGUUCUUGAAGGAGUGAAAUUAUAAUAUAUACGAGGGCUGUUUGGGCCUGCUAUAUAGAGCUUACUGUAUGGUUUCUUGCUUUUUUUUCCGGUUUCUAUUUUACUGGUAGUUGUAAUGGCCCAACUAUGGAUGUCUAUGGUUUUUUGUGCGUUUGAA